UUGCAGGUUAGCCUCCUGUCAUGGGUAACCAAGUAGUAAAACGUGAGCAGAAAAAGACUGUAACUACAGAAGGUUAUGAAAGUCCAGAGCCGAACGCAGAAACAUCAGAUGACAAUGAAGUAUUUGGGAACGUAGCAGAUGUGAGCAAGAACAAUGGGACCUCCACUGAGAAGACAGCGGUGACAGACUCCAAGGGUGCUGCAUGCCCAAAGAAUGCCUGGAUCAACGCCAGCCCAGCUGAAUGCCCUGCCAACCGCCCACACUUGAUCCGCCUCUUUUCCCGGGAUGCACCGGGUCGCGAGGACAACACCUUCAAAGAUCGCCCCUCGGAGUCAGAUGAGCUGCAGACCAUCGCAGAGGACAGUGGAGCAGUUUCCGAGUGCUCGGAUUGUACCGAAGAGCAGCCUGCAACGUCCCCUCAGGGCCACAGAACGUCACCAAUGGCAAGUGCAAGUACCUCGGACCAUGCGAGACAUGGCAACCCUAGGGGACAAAGGGACACUGGUCUACUGGACCAGCUUGGCAAAUUCUUUGGGGGUGAAAAGCAACCCACCAGGAAAGGAUCGGGCAAGGGAUUUAGUGCGAUGAGAUCCACCCCAUUGUCCUCAUCGCCUCAGAGGUCCCCUCAGCAAGCUGGGGCUCAUGGAAGACCUGGAGAUGACAACCCCGUAGUGCACUUCUUCAAAACCAUUGUGACCCCCAGGACUCCACCUCCACCUCCAAAGGGGAGAGGAUUAUCCCUCAGCAGAUUAGGCUGGGGAACCGAUGGACAGAAACAGCACGUACAUGCCAGGUCACACGAGGCCAUGAGAUCUGCUCACAAAGGCCACAAGGACGCAAGAGGAGACGGCCAAGGCACCCUUUCCAAAAUUUUUAAACUGGGUGGUAAGGAUAGUCGAUCUGGUUCUCCUUCCAAGCGCUGAAGCUGUCGAAGAAAAGAAGCUUGGAAAAGAAUGAAAUCUCUGCUUUAGAAGUUAACCCCUGUCCCAUCCUAAACCUAUUAAUAAACACAUUUGCCAAGUUGUCGAAAUAGCAAUACAAUCCGUCAAUUACUGUUUCCCUGAGAUAAACAUCAGCCACGUCCCAUGAGAAUAUUCAACUGACAGCAGCUCAUUAACAGAAGUCAUUUUUCUCCGUAUUGAUUUGUUGAUGUUCCUCAGGUGCUCAUCUCUUUUCACCAUUCAGAAGUGCCUAGCAGGACGAUUUAUUUGUGUCAGUGUUGAAAAAUCGUACUUUGUCCUUUUUUUUUUUUCUGAACAAAGCAAUUCCCUUUGCUUUUUAAUGAGAUCAUUUGUGUGUGGUUCAUGUAAGCAAGGCUUUCCAAAGUGAAUUUGAGGCCACAUCUCCAUUUUACUAAUUGUUUGCCACUUUUCUUUAGGGGGCUUGUAGAUGUCGGCUUUAAAAGCAUCCCUUUGUAGAAAGAAUGCAUGUGAAAAUGAGUGUGCCAUUUUAACAAUGGUAACAGCAUCACAUCCUACUAAAGGAAUAGAGUAGAUCGUAUCAUAGUUUAUUUCUUUAUUUCUAGAGAGUUAAUUAACAACAUAUUAACCACCUAAUUUAUACAGGGCGCUUCCCUGCCCAUUAAAAAAAGGCGAAUGCUCUUCUGAAUUGCACUGUAUAUCCCCCAAGAAUGAGAUCUUUGUAUGCCCGUAGACUUUUCUGUGUUCUCAUUUGUAAGCCAUAAAAAAAAAAGUUUCCUUUGUAUUUUGUUCUUUCGACGAAAUUGUGUAGUGUGUGUCUGCCACAGUGUACUAACGCAAAUGGUGAAUCCAGACACCACUGGAUCUGGUAGCAGAUCGACAACAUCAUCCCAUCCCCAACCCCUCGUCCUCUCCGCGUGUAAAAGGAAGCUUCACAAUAAUCUUGUAACAGGCUUGGCACAUGUAGUUACUUUGUCAAUGAAUGUAAAUUAAAGCUUUACAAUUGUAAAUGUUCAACAAAUAAAUUUGCCUUUUAACAAGAAAA